AUGAACUUCAUCCACAGCACCCUCGACAAGGUGCGAGAGUGGGCUCCAGUCUCGCAUACCUCGACGUUUCGUCAAAAUGGUCAGAUAACCCCAGAGGAGUUUCUUGCGGCCGGAGAUUAUCUGGUGCACAAAUUUCCUAUGUGGUCGUGGGCGGAUGCCUCCCCAGAGAGCAAGCGUGCCAACUAUCUGCCGGCUGGGAAGCAAUUUUUGGUCAUCCGCGGCGUGCCUUGCCAUCGCAGACUCGAUGAGAACUUCGCCGGAGAUGCUGGACACGAUGAGACCAUGGUUGGGGAUGGAGAGGAUUUCAAGAGUCUUGGAGGACACUCGCCCGGUGACGACGAGGACGGAUGGUUGAGAACUGGAGGGCUGGCCGCGAGUCAAGAGGCGCGCGCCCGAGAUGUCAGAACGGUCGAUGAGAGUGGCAAUAUGGGUGAGAGAGAAGAGGAUGAGGAUGAGAUUCCAGAUAUGGAAGAUGAUGAUGACGAGGAUGCCAUUAUCCGUGACUCAAAUGCUGAAGGCACCGAUUCAUCUCGUCGAAGCUAUACCGCGUACAUCGCCUAUACGCCAUAUUAUCGAACUCCAAGAAUGUAUCUAUCCGGUUAUUACGCCAAUGGGCAGCCACUUCCUCCGCAACUGAUGAUGGAGGAUAUUGUUGGAGAUUACAAAGACAAGACAGUCACUCUGGAAGACUUUCCAUACUUCAGUAACAAUAUCAAGAUGGCUUCGGUACACCCUUGCAAACACCACAGCGUCAUGAAGACCCUAUUAGAUCGCGCAGACGCAGCACUCAAGAUUCGACGAGAGAAGUUACGAAAAGGCAAGAUUGCGCCUGGUACACAAGAGGCUGGUAUGGGCGGUUUAGUUGAUGAUUUUAGCAAGACGGGGCUUGGUAGCGAUGACAAGAAAGCUAUCAAGGAAGGGAUGAAAGCUGGUGGUAAUGGCAACGACGAGUGGGAAGUGUUACAGCAUGAUGACGAUGGAGACGAGGAGGAAGCUAUCCGAGUCGACCAGUACCUGGUAGUUUUCUUGAAAUUCAUAGCAAGCGUGACACCGGGUAUCGAAUAUGACUUCACGAUGGGUAUUUAA